AGAUGCUGACAGAUGCUAACAACGCACAAGAAGAGAUCAUGAUGACUCGGAAACCAAUUCUGGAGCAAGAUCGUUUCCUCCCCAUUGCAAAUAUAUCCCGACUGAUGAAAAAUGUGAUCCCUCGUUCCGGAAAAGUUGCCAAGGAUGCAAAAGAAUGCGUCCAAGAAUGUGUCUCCGAAUUUAUUUCUUUUAUUACAUCCGAAGCCUGCGAUCGUUGUCUUAAUGAGAAAAGAAAAACGAUAACAGGUGAAGAUAUUAUUGGAGCAUUUGCUGCUCUUGGCUUUGACAAUUAUGUGGAACCGUUGAACGCAUACGUGAGGAAAUUUCGGGACGCUUUUCGUGCCGAACGUAGUAAUAGUGAAACACUUGUUGAACCUUCGAGAUCUCAUUCUUCCUUUAUGCAGAAAAUGAAUGUUCGUGAGUCGAAUGAAUCCGCUACCUCUUCUGGUGCUUUUACCAUCCAGAGUGAACCGGUACCAUCCACAAGUGCAUGUGCUCCUCAAAUUAUUUUUGGCGGUGAAGAAGACCCGGAUGGUGCAAUACGAGUGAUGAGUACGGGCAACGUGCAACAUUUACAGCUUCUGAUGGAUCCUGCUACUGGUCAGCAUUACAUUAAUGUGCAAAAUCCUAAUGGUACUCAGCAACUCCUGCCUGUUCAGGUAACGGCAGUUAGUGACUCGUCUGUUAUACCAUUAACUUUACCUAGUCCGGACAUGCAAAACCUAACGGAUGAUAAGACGACGGAAGACGACGGAAAUAAAAUGCUUAAUUUCUCGACAAAGACUGAAUUCCGGUCAUCACUAUCGAAAUCUGAAUCGUAUAAGGAGUUAAGUUGUUCCGCCAAACACUCUUUAUCUGAAUUUAGAAUGUCAACAGGAUCACAGGUUACACGGCAUAGUGAAGAGCAGUCUAGGAGUGGUGCUACUUAUGGUGUGAAGCAUAGUUCCUCCGGGCUUUCGACAGCAAAUCAACACAAGCAGCAGAUGCCGUAUGUUGGUAAUGUAGGAUCAUUCGGACAUCAUCACAGUAAUACUGAUGCUGCUGGUGGUGGUACUCGGGAGCCACCAAGAAAACGAUCUCACGAAAGUGUUGAUUUCAUUAAUUUUGAGUGA